GAUUGAUGUGCUUACAUUGUUUCAGUAAGUUAAUCGGGGCAAGAGAUUACACAAGUGAAGGUACUAGGGACCUCCAAGGACAUGGUACUCACACAGCGUCCACAGCGGCUGGAAACGCAGUUGUGGAUACAAGCUUCUUUGGAAUAGGCAAUGGAACAGCGAGAGGCGGUGUUCCAGCCUCUAGAGUCGCAGCUUACAAAGUCUGCACCAUGACAGGGUGUAGCGAUGAUAACGUACUGUCUGCCUUUGAUGAUGCGAUUGCAGACGGUGUUGACUUCAUCAGCGUCUCUCUGGGGGGAGAUAACCCCUCCUUAUAUGAAGAGGACACGAUUGCGAUCGGGGCGUUUCACGCUAUGGCCAAAGGGAUUCUCACAGUGCACUCAGCCGGUAACUCUGGUCCGAAUCCGAGCACAGUUGUGAGCGUAGCACCGUGGGUGUUAUCGGUUGCAGCUACCACCACCAACCGUAGGCUUUUAACCAAAGUUUUUCUUGGAAAUGGCAAGACACUUGUUGGGAAAUCAGUGAAUGCUUUUGAUCUGAAAGGAAAGAAGUAUCCUCUUGUGUACGGAGAUUAUUUGAAAGAAUCUCUGGUGAAAGGAAAGAUCUUGGUUUCCAGAUAUUCAACUAGGUCAGAAGUAGCUGUUGCAUCCAUAACUACAGACAACAGAGACUUUGCAUCCAUUAGCUCUCGGCCCCUCUCUGUUUUAUCACAAGAUGACUUUGACUCUCUCGUCUCUUACAUUAACUCCACAAGGUCCCCGCAAGGGUCUGUUCUUAAAACUGAAGCAAUCUUUAAUCAGUCAUCUCCUAAAGUGGCUUCCUUCUCUUCUCGCGGUCCAAACACUAUUGCGGUUGAUAUUCUUAAGCCAGAUAUAUCAGCACCAGGAGUGGAGAUUCUCGCUGCGUAUUCACCUUUGAGUUCACCAUCUGACGACAGGAGCGAUGAAAGACAUGCGUGGCUGCGUACAUCAAGACUUUUCAUCCUGAAUGGUCUCCUUCCGUAA